AUGCUUUCCUCUGUGAUCGUACUGGCAACGCUGUUGUCUUCGAUACUUGCCAUUCCCACGAUCGAGACAAAGGGUUCCAAGUUCUUCACCAGCGACGGCAACCAAUGGUACAUCAAAGGAAUCGCCUACCAGCUGACCGAGGACGAUCCACUUGCUCAAGGCUCCCAAUGCCAACUCGAUGCCAGCCUCAUGAAGACUCUCGGUGCCAACGCCAUUCGGGUCUACCACGUCGACCCUUCUGCUGAUCACGAUGCAUGCAUGUCUGCCUUUUCGGAUGCCGGCAUCUACGUCUUCCUCGACCUGGACACCUUCGACACUUAUAUUCUGCCCGAAGCCAACAAGCCUCAAUGGAAUGGCACUCAAUUCAAGCGGUACGCCGAGGUCAUGGACGCCUUCCACAACUACGACAACGUUGCCGGCUUCUUCGUGGGUAACGAGGGCUUGAACACUGGUGCCGACAGCGUAGCUGCACCAUAUGUCAAGGCUUCUGCGCGUGAUAUGAAGGCACACCGGGACAGCAUGGGCUACCGCAAGAUUCCUGUGGGAUACAGCGCCACCGAUGCCGGUCAACUACGUCCCAACCUUCAAAACUAUCUUGCGUGCGGCAGUAAUGCUUCCGAGGCGCUCGACUUUUUUAGUCUGAAUGCAUACGAGUGGUGCGGAGAUGCUACGUUCGAAGUCAGCGGUUACCAGUUUCUUCAGAUGAACGCCAGCGAGUACAACAUCCCAAUCUUCUUUUCCGAGACUGGCUGCAACACGGUAAAGCCACGCACGUUCCAAGAUCAGUCUGCUAUCUUGGGACCCAAAAUGAUGAACACUUGGUCCGGCGCAAUCAUUUACGAGUGGAUCGAGGAGACAAACAACUACGGCCUCAUCUCGUAUGGACCAAAGCCGGCGGACGGUGCCACUGGUGCCAACAUCGUUGCUGGCUUUACUCGAGCUGGUACCCCAACGCCUGUCAGCCCCGACUUUGAGAACCUGAAGAGUCAGUGGGCAACUCUGGCUCCAACCGGAGUUUCCUCCGCCGCAUACUCUCCGUCACUCUCGCCUCCUGCCUGCCCAUCAUCUACCUCUGGUCUCUGGAAUGUCGACGGCAACGUCCCACUUCCUACCGUUGGACAGGAGUUCAUGGCUCUUGGCUCCAGCAAUCAGGUUGCUAGCACUGGUACUGGUACUGAUACGACUUCCGGCUCGGGGACUUCUCAGACUGCAUCAUCCGCAUCUGGCUCGUCACCAUCUGCGAGUGAGACCAAGAAGUCGUCCGCUUCUGCAAGCAAGCGGGACGUGGCAGAGAGUAACCUUUUCAGGCUUUUGGUCCAGACUGGUCUAGGUCUUGCUGCCAUGGCAGUGUUCGCUGGUCUGAUGUAA